AUGUUUGCGACUACGAGAUUGAUUUGCCGGCGAAUCCAUGGCACAAGUGAUGUCACUAUUCCAAAGCUUUCAGGAUUCUCUAUUGUAUCUCCCAAAUACGUUGAGGUAGAAUAUGCAAAUGGCACCAAGUUCAAAUUCUCUUCAGAGUUUCUGAGAGUUCAUAGUCCAGCUGCUGAUGGAAAAGUCAGAUCAAUCGGUGGUGACAAGGUGAUAUCUGGAAGGCGAUAUGUAGGAAUCAUGUCUGCAGAACCGGUGGGGAACUAUGGGGUAAGGUUAGUGUUUGAUGACUUGCAUAGAACAGGGAUAUAUCCAUGGGACUAUUUCUACGAGCUUGGGAGGAGUAAGUUUGGUCUCAUGAGAAGCUAUAUUAAGACUCUCCAAAAGCAUCAUCUCAGCCGUGAACCUCCUCCUCCGAGAAGGAAAUGAUUCUGAUGUCAAUGUGUUUUAAAGCUUUGUUCAAAGUGUUUUUGAUAGAUUCUUUCUUGUGGAGGAACAUGUAAUCUAGUUGUCUUGUUUCUGGAUUACGGAACAUAAAUAGUUCUAAAACGCUACCCUUUUACUCUCGAGUUAAAAUCAUAUGGGUCUUAACCAUUCAGC